UGGGUUACCAAGUGAAGAGCUUCUACAAAUGGAGCACAGUACCCCUAGUAUUAGUAAUGCAUUUUUCAAAGUUUUCUUGCGGUGGAAAAACAAACAGCGGCCAGGCACAAAUAUCAGGGCUCUACUUGGAGAGAUAUUGGAAGAAACCGAAUUAGGGUCUCUCUCUGGAGAGCUAAAAGCCGGAAAUUUACUCCCAUGCAAAGAAGGUUCAUCUGCCACAACAACAGCACUACAAACCCAGCCGCUUUCUUCUCACCUUGAAAAGAGCUGCAUAGAUGUAUCAGGGACAGAGCCACUUUCUGAGGAUCUUAUCAAGAUGUGCAGGGAUGAUUUCCAGAUGAAGUACCGGACAGAACUUUGUAUGAUACGAUCUGAUCCACUCGAUCCUGAUUCCAUUGAGCAAAUCAAAGACAUAUACAUAAACCUUGACCUGGAAGAGGAAAAGAAAAAUAAGAAUACGCCACUCGAAUACAAGAAUCUCUUCAAAAUCAAAAUCAACGGAGCAUUUCCAACCCGAAUCAUGCUGCAGGGAGAAGCUGGGGCUGGGAAGACAACACUUUGUGCCAAGAUCGCUUGGGACUGGAUAAAUGGCAGUCCAGAUGUUCCCAACUACGUGUGGGUGCUUGUUGUUCCUUUCCGUGAGGCAAGACAAAAUAGAAUCGGUCAGUUUGUCAAGUCGUAUCUCUCAGAGAACAAUCCGACAACAGCCAGCCAGAUCACAGAGUACAUCCGAUCAAAUCCGGAAAAUGUAUUAAUCGCAUGUGAUGGAUUAGAUGAGUCUCACAUCGAAGUUGUACAGAAGCGUACAGUCGCUUCUGAAUCAGUAAGCACCCUGGAGGCAGCGUCUGCUGGUCAAUCCAAGGAAAGAGCUGAAUCACUAAUUACCAAGGGGAGAGGCGACAUCGCGCUUGUGAACAUCCUCCGCUCAGAUGAGCUUAGCAAAUGUCCUGUGUUGGUCACAAGUCGACCCUGGAAGGCCAACGAAAUAAGAUGGGACAAUGUGUUAAGGAAACGCUACACUUUCAUUCGCGUGCAAGGAUUUAGCUGGGAAAAUGCAGAAGCCUAUGUCCGCAAGUACUUUACAGACAGUGUGGCAACAGCCAAUCAACUCAUCUACGCGAUCAAAGGAAAUGGCAUCGUAUAUGAACAUAUGGCCCCAUAUCCCAUCUACAUAUCAAUGAUCUGUCUCAUGUGGAAAGAACUAGAUUACAGGCAGAAGGACAGGUUUAGGUCAUUGCGAACAUUUUCUGAAAUAUUCGAUUGUAUUUUCACAUUCUUAGAAGGACACUAUGCUCAGAAAGAGACCACAGACCUAGACGAAGCAUCCGUCGAAACAGCUCUCUCCGAUAUCUCAGAGUAUAUGAAACCAGUUGCUAAAAUUGCUUUAAUUGGUCUCCAGGAAAAAAAUCUCAUUUUCAGUGAAGGUGAUUUUGAAAGGUAUUCAGAGUCUGUUGAGGUUGCUUGCAAAGUUGGGGUCUUGUCGCGAGAGAAAAACAUGACAUCCAUCCUGCCCAUACAUGGAAAUCGCAGCCGAUAUCUGCAGUCAAAAAUCUUCUUCCCUCACAAACUCUUUCAAGAGUAUAUGGCUGGUAAACAUCUUGCUUCGAUGUAUGGCAGUGAUGGUGACGAAUUCAACAAGCUGAUUGAUGACGUAGUGCUUCCUAGGAAAGAAGAAUUCAGAUACCUCCUGUACUUCACUGUAUCACGGGAUGAAACUGUUGCCAACCGUGUAAUUCAACGUAUGGUACUUUGUUUCAAACCUGACUUUAGUGAUGAGACACGUAUGACGAAUAGGAGGGAGAGGGACUUCCUGGUAGAUGUUUCCCUCGAGAGUCGAGAUCCGGAAACUGCAAAAAUGGUGAGGCGUAUCGCGUUGAAUAGUGAAGUUCACAUUGGUCUCGAAACAGCAGCGCACACUGUAGCAGGCUUUGAAUUCAUUGGAAUGAUUUCAAAUGCUGCCACCCUCUUUGUAAGUAGAGAAUGUGGAGACAGCGUUGGCCUAUCGAGUGAUGUGGCAGAGAUAAUAUGUACAGCGCCCUCUCUAAACUACGUUAAACUAGGCGUGGUAUCCUUUCACGAUAACUUCUAUGCUGUUCUUGGUGAAAAAGGAUGGAAGUCCUCGGUUCAAACUCUGAAUCUUCAAGGUCUGCAGUUUCCCACAACAGACUCCUCCAAGUAUCUCGCACAAUCAUUGUGUUCAAUGCCAAAGCUGAGCAGCCUAGCGAUCCAUUGGAUGACACACAUGGAGGAGUUUUGUUCAUCAUUGAAAACCAAUGCUUCGUCUCUUCAGGUAAGAACUCUCAGUCUUCAUUCAACUGAUUUGCCAACGCUGUCCUCAUCUGAGAACCUAGUGGAAUCGCUUUGCUCCAUGCCACACCUAAAUGACCUAUCAAUUCAGGAUACAGAGGUCACUGAGGAAUUCUGCACUGCGAUGAAGGCCAAAGGAGCAUCCAUUAAGGUUGCAAUUCUCAAACUGAAAGGGAUUGAGUUCCCCUCACCAGUCUCAUUAGAGUCCCUUGCUGUAUCGCUCUGCUUCAUGCCAAACCUGACGGAUCUAUCAAUACGUACGAUGGAUGAAAUCGAGGACCUUCUGUCAACACUUAAAGAUGCAGCAACAUCCGUUCAGGUUUUCAAUCAGAUUUUUUUUGUUGUUUUACGUACGAACAAAUUCACUUAUAAACGAAUGUGA